AUAAUAGUAAGCUUGAUAAUGAUGAGCCAUAUAAUGAUGAGCUGGAUGGUGAUGAAAUGGAUGAUGAACCAGAUGGUGGUGAAAUGGAUGAUGAGCCGAAUAAUAGAGAAUUGAAAUAUUUGGACAAAAAUAUUAUGAACGUAGAUGGCUAUGAUAUUAUGAAUAUAGAUGGUAUGAUGAAAGAAUAUGAAGAAUCAUUUGAUAUUCUAAUAGAUAAAG